AUGGCUCAUCGUAGAAGGCUUUUUGCAGGUAGGGACCUUUCUUAUCUUGGUUUAGAACCUCCGGUGAUCUUAACUGAUCCGGAGGUGGUGGUACGAAUUUUCACCGAGAUCGGGCAUAGGGAGGAGGAGCUGUUCGACCUUUACGAACUAGAACACGUUCCUGCCGUUCUCGCGUGUCUUACCCACCUAAGCAGGGCUGGUAGUCAGUGGGUCCUUUACGGGUUGGAGGCCUUAGUCGAGGAGUCUUGGGUUGGUCCCGCUCCUCGACCGUGGAGGACUUGGUUGCUCGCAAGUCCCCACAGCGAGCUAUUAUCGGAGGCAAUGCGAGGCGACGAGGGUGAGAUUGCGGUCCGCCUUGUAUUGCUUCUGCAUCGUUUGUUGUGGGAAGAAGAUAUUUCCCUGGCCGAAUUUUUGCGUCGGGGGUGGUUUGAGGAUUUUGUCUACGUAGCUGGGCGGGAAAUGACCAUCCACUACUUCAAUGACGGAUCCAUCGACCGCCAACGAUGUACAAUUUUGGGCAGGGUAACUCUUUUUGUCCAACGGAAUCCCUUCGAAGUUCCAGAGGGGAUCAUUGACUCCUUCUUUGAAACCGUCAGUCGUCGGGGUCACGUUUUUCAUUCAACCUUCGAAUUACGCGAUCAGUUGAAUAGGUUGAGCUUGGAGCUUCUUCGGCAUCCGUCUGGAGAAGCUGCAGCUCGCCGAUAUGGCCUUUU